AUGCAACAAUCAACCCAUGCACAGCCAGCAAUCACAUUUGAUGAUUACGUGCAUUAUGCAGCUCCCAAAUCUUCCAACAUAAGGGCAGUAUUUUCUCCUGCUGCAGUAACUUUAGGGAGAAACGCUUUUGAUCGAAAUGGUGAUCAAAUUUCGGAUUUUGAAAUCAUCUCCUGUAAUGGUGAUCGAAUACCAGUGUCUAUGGCCAUAUUGAUUGAUAGAUGGGGGAAAUACUUUGUCACGCUACUUUCAAGAGGUUAUGUUCUGGCGGUGGAAGAUUUUGAAUCAGAAAAGAAUCAAGAGCUGAAAUCAAAAGUUACCACCACAUUGAGGAAAGCUGAUGUUCCACGCUUUAGAAUCCCCUUUCAGGAGUCAACAGAAUCUUUGGGUACAUAUUCCAAGACUAAGCAAAGGUCCAUCUGUUCAAUGUCGACCGAGUCACAACCAUCAAGGAACAACUCAAGCAACGAAAGUCGCAAGGAUUCAAUCCCGACUAUUCAACACAAUGACCUAUUCACCUCCCAUAUGGAUGACGUGCCGCCCCAAUUACCACCUCCUACUGAGCCAAUACCUCCUGUUCCAGCUGUACCAACAUCGUUUAAACCUUCUUCGCGCAAGGGGUCACAAGAUGCAAGCUCCCCGAGGGCAUCAUUGUUGAACACACUAUCCGUCUUGAGAAACAUCCCUUCUUCUAGAUCUCCUAGAGAAUCACCUUUUUCAUCGCCACGUGCUUCAUUGUCAGCAUCGAGUUCAAAUUUGAGUGAGUUGCGCAGUUCUCCAUUUCCCAAUCUCAGACCAAAUAUGGGAAGAUCAACUUCAGAUCUUAAACUAUCCUCCAUAGAAUCAGGAGUGGAAGUUAAAUCCAAGGAAAAUGAAUCUGGAAGCAGCGUUGGGCAUGGCUCAACACAAGACUAUGAUGAGGAAAGUGAUAAUGGGGAUGAAAAUGAAGAUUAUCAUCCACUUUUCGGGUUUGAAGAGGAACGGUUUCCCCUCGAGCCAUCAUUGAUACCACGGAAGUUAUAUAUGCCCUUUUCAACGAACACAGUAAAAGCAUUUUGUGAGUUUUUCUAUACAGGACAAGUUGGAAAUAAAUGGAUUUUAGCACCCACGUUGUUGGAUAACUUGAUAAUUGCCAAAUUUUACAGAGUUCCGUUGUUAUAUGAUUUAAUUUGUGAAGUUUUGAUUGAUGUAAUACGAAGGAAAGAGAGGGAGUUAUUGAGUGAGCUGUCUGAAGAAAAGCAAGUUGUUGAAUCUAUAGAAAACGGGGUUAUCAGCAAGCAGUGGUUGAGGAAAAUAUGUGAUGAAUAUGAAGAUGAACUGAAUGAAGAAACGAUGGCAUACUUGGAUGUUGAGGACUUAAAUGCAUCUGGGCUGACUUCGAGAGUCAAGUCGGUUUUUGAUAGACCAAUGAUGCCAACUGAGACCAAAAGUGAAGAGCCAAAUGAUGAAUCUAAAACCAGAAUGAAUACAAUGACAGUUGAGGAAUUAGUAAACCCUGACUCCCCGUGUCCAUCUGACGAAGUGAUUGAGGUUAUUCAUGAAGCGGCACUAUUAGUGACUGAGAUGAGGAUUGUUUUGAGGACAAUGAUGUUGAUAAAGCUACAAAAGGAGAGAAACCCCGGAACAUAG